GGAGGAGUAAAUAGUAAAAUAAAAGUCGUCUCCCGCAUUCCCCCGACGGCUUUUCCAAAUUUUCCCCUCAGUCCACCUUCUCCUUUCUCUCUCUAAAAAACACACAUUUUUGUCUCUCUCUAGAUCACAGCAGUCUCCUUCUCUUUCUCUCUCUAUCGAUUCUGCUUCAAGUUCUACAGUCAGAUCUCCGGCGAAGAUCUGUCUCUUUUUAGAUCUCAUUAUCUCUGUUUUUGCUUUUGGUUCCCAAACUUAGACGGAAGAUUUGGAAAAUUCGGAGCUGGAAGAGAAGGUAAGCGAACCUCUCUUGCUGGAUCUGAGAGGAAAUGGCGCUUUCAGGUAUGAGAGGUCUAUCUGUGUUUAUCAGUGACAUUCGCAAUUGCCCUAACAAAGAGCAGGAGAGGCUUCGUGUUGAUAAAGAGCUCGGCAAUAUCCGUACUCGCUUCAAACACGAGAAGGGUUUGAGUCCUUAUGAGAAGAAGAAAUAUGUUUGGAAAAUGCUUUAUAUUUAUAUGCUGGGUUAUGAUGUAGAUUUUGGUCACAUGGAAGCUGUUUCCUUAAUAUCUGCACCGAAAUACCCAGAAAAGCAGGUUGGCUAUAUAGUGACAUCAUGUUUGCUCAAUGAGAAUCAUGAUUUUCUGAGGUUGGCAAUAAAUACUGUACGCAAUGACAUUAUUGGUCGAAAUGAAACAUUUCAGUGCCUGGCAUUGACUAUGGUCGGGAAUAUUGGUGGCAGAGAAUUUGCUGAAUCAUUAGCAGCAGAUGUUCAAAAGUUACUUAUUUCUAGCAGCUGUAGACCACUUGUGAGAAAAAAGGCUGCAUUAUGUCUGCUGCGCUUGUAUAGGAAAAAUCCUGAUGUUGUCAAUGUAGAUGGCUGGGCGGAUCGGAUGGCUCAACUGUUAGAUGAACGUGAUCUUGGUGUUUUGACAUCUUCUAUGAGCCUUCUUGUUGCUUUAGUAUCCAAUAACCAUGAAGCAUACUGGAGUUGUCUCCCAAAGUGUGUUAGGAUAUUGGAGCGACUUGCUAGGAACCAAGAUAUUCCCCAAGAGUACACUUACUAUGGAAUUCCGUCUCCUUGGCUUCAGGUUAAGACAAUGAGGGCCCUUCAGUAUUUUCCAACUAUCGAAGAUCCUAAUAUAAGAAGAUCAUUGUUUGAGGUCUUGCAACGGAUACUAAUGGGAACUGAUGUGGUAAAAAAUGUAAAUAAGAACAAUGCAGCACAUGCUGUUCUCUUUGAAGCACUUGCUCUUGUCAUGCAUCUUGAUGCUGAAAAAGAAAUGAUGUCGCAAUGUGUUGCACUGCUUGGGAAGUUUAUUGCUGUGCGUGAACCAAAUAUCCGAUAUCUUGGCUUGGAGAAUAUGACUCGCAUGUUGAUGGUUACGGAUGUGCAAGAUAUCAUUAAAAGACACCAGGCUCAAAUCAUCACCUCACUGAAAGAUCCUGAUAUCAGCAUUCGACGGCGUGCUCUUGAUUUACUUUAUGGUAUGUGUGAUGUUUCAAAUGCAAAGGACAUAGUGGAAGAACUGUUGCAGUAUCUAAGCUCAGCAGAUUUUGCAAUGCGUGAAGAAUUGUCUCUUAAAGCUGCUAUUCUUGCAGAGAAGUUCGCCCCUGAUUUAUCUUGGUAUGUGGAUGUGAUCCUACAGUUAAUUGACAAAGCAGGAGAUUUCGUUAGUGACGACAUAUGGUUUCGUGUUGUGCAAUUUGUUACAAACAACGAGGACCUACAGCCUUAUGCAGCAGCAAAAGCCAGGGAGUAUCUUGAAAAGCCUGCCAUACAUGAAACAAUGGUCAAGGUCAGUGCUCAUCUCCUUGGAGAGUUCAGCCACCUUUUGGCCAGACGACCUGGUUGUAGUCCUAAGGAAAUAUUUAUGAUGAUACAUGAGAAGCUUCCUACUGUAUCAACAUCUACCAUUCCAAUUCUUCUUUCAACAUAUGCUAAAAUCUUAAUGCACACUCAGCCUCCUGACCAGGAACUGCAAAACCAAAUCUGGGCAAUAUUUAACAAAUAUGAGAGCUGCAUUGAUGUUGAAAUACAACAACGAGCAAUCGAGUAUUUUGCAUUAAGUAGGAAAGGUGCAGCUCUAGUGGACAUAUUGGCUGAAAUGCCUAAAUUCCCUGAGCGACAGUCUGCACUGAUUAGAAGAGCUGAAGACACAGAAGUUGAUACUGCAGAACAAAGUGCUAUUAAGUUGCGGGCCCAGCAACAUAUGUCAAAUGCUCUGGUUGUGACUGACCAACGCCCUGCAAAUGGGCCACCACAGAUUGUUGGCCCGCUUAGUAUUGUCAAAGUGCCCAACAUGAGUGGAGAUGUGGACCAUACUUCAGCUGAACAGGGAUUAACCCAGGCAAAUGGAACUCUGAGCAAGGUAGAUCCUCAACCUUUCUCACCAGAUCUUCUUGGUGAUCUUUUGGGCCCCCUGGCUAUUGAAGGCCCUCCUGGAGCUGCAGUUCAAUCUGAUCAAAAUGCAGUCUCUGGACUGGAAGGUGUUCCAAGUGUAGUGGAUACUAAUGCUAUCGUUCCUGUUGGAGAGCAAGCAAAUUCUGUUCAGCCAAUAGGGAAUACCAGUGAAAGAUUUUAUGCUUUAUGCUUAAAAGAUAGUGGUGUCUUAUAUGAGGAUCCGUACAUUCAGAUCGGUAUAAAAGCGGAGUGGCGGGCACAACACGGCCGUCUUGUUCUUUUCUUGGGAAACAAAAAUACUUCUCCACUUGAUUCAGUUCAAGCUCUAAUAUUGCCUCCUGCCCAUUUAAAAAUGGAGCUUUCGUUAGUACCUGAAACAAUUCCUCCACGGGCACAGGUACAAUGUCCACUUGAAGUUUUGAAUCUCCGGCCAAGCAGGGAUGUUGCUGUUCUUGACUUCUCCUACAAGUUUGUUACCAACAUGAUCAAUGUCAAGCUUCGCCUUCCAGCAGUCCUGAACAAAUUUCUUCAGCCUAUAUCGGUGUCUGCUGAAGAGUUCUUUCCUCAAUGGAGAUCACUUUCAGGGCCGCCUCUAAAGCUUCAAGAAGUAGUUAGAGGCGUAAGACCACUACCUCUUGUUGAAAUGGCAAACUUGUUUAACAGUUUCCGAUUGAUGAUUUGUCCAGGACUUGAUCCAAAUCCUAAUAAUCUGGUUGCAAGUACAACCUUCUACUCAGAGAGUACACGGGCGAUGCUUUGCCUGGCACGCAUUGAAACUGAUCCAGCAGAUAGAACCCAGUUGCGAAUGACAGUUGCCUCAGGGGAUCCCAUUCUAACAUUUGAGCUGAAGGAGUUCAUCAAGGAACAAUUGGUUAGCAUUCCUACGGCACCUCGUGGACCUACAGCACCACCACCAGCACCUUCAGUAGCACAGCCAACUAGUCCAGUGGCACCUUCGACAGAUCCUGGGGCCUUGUUGGCUGGUUUGCUGUGACAAUCUGGAAGUGAUUGAUGCGUGAAGAUUUGUUCAAUAUACACUUAUAAACGUGAUUUAUACAGCAGUCCCACCAAAAUCGAUCCCUCGAGUCAAAGUGGAAGAUCAGGAAAUUCAUUAUGCAAGGGCUGGCGGAAUUUAAGGGGGAGCUAAAUUGUGGUCGGCUUAAUUUGUGGAAUUCAAGAAAAAGGGGGGGUUGGUCGGGAUUUUGAGAUUCUUUUGCACAAUUGUAAUGUGCUUAGUGAGGUUUUUUCUUCUUGGGGUGAGGGUAUUUUUUUCUUUAAAUUUUCUCCUAUCAUUUUUCCCCUUUUCCUUUCUUCUUUUCCAGUUUAGCUGGAUUGUUUUCUGUACUAAAUGACAGCCUUUGUAAGAUAUUCACAUGAAGUAGAAUGAGUUGUAAUAGUUUGUAUUUGAUUGUUAAUGCAGAAUUAUGUUUUCAAUAAGAUCAAUUGUAGGGCAAUUUAUAGUUUUA